AUGCCUGUUCGAAUACACGAAACUGCUCAGAUUGCACUUGGGGAGAUCCUCGUGUAUAUGAAACAGACGAAUUUCAUUUCAUAUGACCAGUUGCAUCUACUAGCUGGUGUGGUGAGCGGCGCCACCUAUACUGGCUUUGUUGGCCCAUAUGCGGGAACUGUCAAAGAGCCCGAUGCCCUUGUACGUGUGAGACGACGACCACAACUUUGGCCCAUCUGGGUCGCUGAGGUUGGCUGGUCGGAGAGCAGGCCUUCAUUAGAUCGCGACAUUGAUAUAUGGUUAAGAGGGACCGACUAUAUGGUGCUUCUAACCAUACUGCUAAAAUAUGACCUGCGAAUGAGUUCAACAAUCGCGGGUUAUAUUAUCUUUUAUACUCAGAAUGGGACUAGAAUCAACAGGAGGGAAAUCUUCCCUGCACCGCCCAAUCCCAUCGAUGACCAGAUCACCUUCACAAGAGAAGAACUCUUUGGGGACUCUCUGACCCUCGAACCAGGGCAAGCCCCUGGAGAUACCUACACCAUUGAUGUAUCGGUUUUCCGAUCCUUCGCUACUGAAUAUGCAGAACUGAUGGGUUUAACACCUGUCACUUAA